AUGCAUCAAAAUCCUAAAGGUUUUAGCUGCAAUUCUUGCCAAAUACAGGUGUUAUUAGGACAGAGAUACAAAUGUCUUGUUUGCUAUGAUUAUGAUCUUUGCGAAAAAUGUUAUGAGCAUGAAGCCAAAAUUAACGGCCAUAAGACUGAUCAUCCAUUUCAAGGUUUAAUAACAAGAUCUGAUCCUGAGGAUGGUGUGGAAGAGAGCGAAACUCUUGUGAAUUUAAAACUACCCAACUACACAUGUCCCAUUUGUUGUUCUACCGGAUUUACGGAUGGUACAUUGCAAGAUCAUGUUAUUGCUGAUCACAAAAAUAAUAAUUUUAAAGUGAUCUGUCCACUUUGCGCUGCAAUGCCAGGCCGUGACCCAAAUUUAAUAACUGAUGAUUUCCCCGGUCAUUUAACUUUGAAGCAUAUGCAUUCUGAGUAAGUUAAUUAUAUAAUUAAGUACAUAAAGAUAUAUGUGACAAAGUAAAGUUUGGUAAGGCCAAAGGGCGUAACCCUC